AAAAAGCUUUUUUUCCGCCCAAUAAAUUUGGCUGUUUUUUUAUUCACAAAAAAAGGGUUAAGGUGUGAAGCGAGCUCCCAAAUGACCAGGUUGCAUCCAGUUGGCCAUGUCCAUAAGCCAUAGACCAUAGACCAAGCUCCACCACCCUCAGGAUUCGGACUCGGUCUCCAUCCGCGAACUGUGGCGCGCAUAUAUUGACAGCAUAGUUGAGGCAUUAAAAAAGCACUGAAACUUUUUCGUUCUUUGUGGCUGACCGCUUGCAGUCAAAGUUAAAAGCUGAGUUUAAAAAAAGUUCGCUCUGACAUCAUUGAUCAAAUGAAGGGACUGACAAAAGGCGUGCCACGUUAUCCGUAAUGAUUCCAGCUGGGGGAUGUGGCUAUUGUCCCGAAGAUAUACUGAAAUUUCUGGGCAAUGAGAGUGUCGUGGAUCACUUCAAACUCGUCACCAAGGAUGGCAACAGUCUGCUCAUCGGUGCCAGAAAUACGGUAUUUAAUUUAAGCAUAAAUGAUCUCGCGGAGCAGCAACGUCUCGUGUGGACGUCCCCGGAGGAGGAUACCAAAAUGUGUAUCGUCAAGGGCAAAGAUGAGGAGGCAUGCCAGAACUAUAUACGAAUAAUGGUUGUUCCCUCGCCGGGUCGCCUAUUCGUGUGUGGCACCAAUUCGUUUCGGCCUAUGUGCAACACGUACGUCAUCAACGACAGCAACUACACGCUGGAGGCCACAAAGAACGGGCAGGCGGUGUGUCCCUAUGAUCCGCGCCACAAUUCCACCUCUGUGCUGGCGGACAACGAAUUAUAUUCAGGCACAGUGGCCGAUUUCAGUGGCAGUGAUCCGAUUAUCUAUCGUGAGCCUCUACAGACGGAACAAUAUGAUAGCCUCAGUCUCAAUGCGCCAAAUUUUGUGAGCUCAUUCACGCAGGGAGAUUUCGUGUAUUUCUUCUUUCGGGAGACGGCUGUGGAAUUCAUCAAUUGUGGCAAGGCGAUUUAUUCGCGCGUCGCACGCGUCUGCAAAUGGGAUAAGGGCGGCCCGCAUCGUUUUCGCAAUCGCUGGACGUCGUUCCUCAAGUCCCGCCUGAAUUGCUCCAUACCGGGCGACUAUCCGUUCUACUUUAAUGAGAUACAAUCGGCCAGCAAUCUCGUCGAGGGACAGUACGGUUCCAUGAGCUCCAAAUUGAUUUAUGGCGUUUUUAAUACGCCAACAAAUUCAAUUCCCGGCUCAGCGGUUUGUGCUUUCGCCUUGCAGGACAUUGCCGACACAUUUGAGGGACAGUUCAAGGAACAGAGCGGCAUCAACUCCAACUGGUUGCCAGUGAAUAAUGCCAAGGUUCCCGAACCGCGUCCCGGUGCCUGUCACAAUGAUUCACGAACACUUCCGGAUCCAACAUUAAAUUUCAUCAAAACACAUUCGCUAAUGGACGAGAAUGUUCCGGCAUUUUUCGGUCAACCGAUUUUGGUGCGGACGAGCACAAUCUAUCGGUUCACACAGAUUGCGGUCGAUGCUCAGAUCAAAACGCCCGGCGGCAAGACAUAUGAUGUGAUUUUCGUUGGCACAGAUCAUGGUAAAAUCAUAAAAUCCGUAAAUGCUGAGUCUGCCGACUCGGCGGAAAAGGUCACAUCGGUGGUGAUUGAGGAGAUCGAUGUGCUGCCCAAAAGUGAACCGAUUCGCAAUUUGGAAAUUGUGCGAACGAUGCAAUACGAUCAACCGAAAGAUGGCAGCUACGACGAUGGCAAAUUAAUCAUUGUCACGGAUAGUCAAGUGAUAGCCAUACAACUGCAUCGAUGUCACAACGACAAAAUCACCAGCUGCAGUGAAUGCGUCGCAUUGCAGGAUCCGUACUGUGCCUGGGACAAAAUAGCUGGCAAGUGUCGCUCCCAUGGGGCGCCACGUUGGCUGGAGGAGAACUAUUUCUAUCAGAAUGUGGCAACGGGUCAGCAUGCGGCAUGCCCCUCAGGCAAAAUAAAUUCAAAGGAUGCCAAUGUGGGGGAGCAGAAGGGCUUCCGCAACGACAUGGAUUUGCUGGAUUCGCGUCGACAGAGCAAAGAUCAGGAAAUCAUUGACAACAUCGAUAAGAACUUUGAAGGUCCACAAAUUUCCGCAGAUAUUAUCAAUGCUCAAUAUACAGUGGAGACUCUGGUGAUGGCCGUGCUGGCCGGUUCGAUAUUCUCACUGCUGGUGGGAUUCUUUACGGGCUACUUCUGUGGUCGACGCUGCCACAAGGACGAGGAUGACAAUCUGCCAUAUCCUGACACAGAAUAUGAAUACUUUGAGCAGCGCCAGAAUGUGAACAGUUUUCCAUCGUCGUGCCGCAUACAGCAAGAGCCGAAGCUGCUGCCCCAGGUUGAGGAGGUGACGUAUGCGGAACCGGUGCUGCUGCCACAGCCACCGCCGCAGAACAAGAUGCACUCGCCGAAGAAUACGCUACGCAAGCCGCCGAUGAUGCAACAGAUGCACCAGGGCCCCAACUCGGAAACGCUCUUCCAGUUCCAGCCGGAUGGCUAUAAUACCCAGCAAACAUAUCGCGGACGCGACAACUUUGGCACGUUGCGCUCCCACCAGGUGAUGGGCGAUAAUUAUAGACGCGGCGAUGGCUUUUCAACCACUCGCAGCGUUAAGAAGGCUGUAAACAACACAAACACACGAAACAGAAGUCUUGGUCGCGCAAGAAGACAGCCGCCCCGUCACGGUAUCGUAACUCAGCACCGUUCAAAUAGCCCACAGCAACAGCAGCCACAGCAGCCACAGGCACAGACGCACUCCAGCUCUGGCUCAUCGCCAGUAAUGUCAAAUAGCAGCUCCAGUCCAGCGCCGCCAUCCAGCAGUCCCAGUCCACAGGAGAGCCCCAAGAAUUGCAGUUACAUUUACCGUGAUUGAUUGAUAUGUAACACCAAAUCGAUGCCACUCAUCCAGGCGUUGCACACGCCCACGCCCACACCCACACCAACGUCCACAGAACACCAGCAACAAC